AUGUGCAGCAACUACUACGGAAACUCCUGUGGAGGCUGUGGCUACAGCUCUGGCUGUGGCUACGGCUCUAGUUGUGGCUAUGGCUCUAUUUUUGGCUAUGGCUCUGGCUGCGGCUAUGGCUCUAUUUUUGGCUAUGGCUCUGGCUGCGGCUAUGGCUCUGGUUGUGGCUAUGGCUCAAGAUAUGGCUAUGGCUGUGGCUAUGGUUCAGGCUAUGGCUGUGGAUACAGCUCUGGCUCUAGCUGUGGAUACGGUUCCAGGUACGGCUCAGGCUAUGGCUGUGGAUACGGCUCUGGCUAUGGCUGUGGAUAUGGUUCCAGGUAUGGCUGUGGUUUGGGCUGUGGAUAUGGUUCCAGGUAUGGCUCUGGCUAUGGCUCUGGAUACGGCUCUGGCUAUGGCUCUGGAUAUGGUUCUGGAUGCUGUAGCUACAGAAAAUGCUACUCUUCUUGCUGCUAG